ACUUGUGUUAUUUCUUUAUUUACUGCAGAUUAUGCAACCAAUAGAUCGCUUUGUUGUCGAGGAAUAUUUGCUUGACGUUCUUCUAUUCUUUAAUGGAUGCCGCAAAGAAUGUGCUGCAUACAUGGUUGGUCUACCUGUUCCAUUUCGCUAUGAAUAUUUGAUGGCAGAGACCGUAUUCUCCCAGCUACUGUUACUGCCUCAACCUCCAUUUAAGCCAUUAUACUACACCUUGGUGAUCAUUGACCUUUGCAAGGCACUCCCUGGGGCAUUCCCGGCCGUAGUAGCUGGAGCGGUUCGGGUUCUGUUUGACAGGAUUGCUGAUAUGGAUAUGGAGUGCCGGACAAGGCUUAUUCUAUGGUUUUCUCAUCAUUUAGCAAAUUUUCAAUACAUUUGGCCCUGGGAAGAAUGGGCACAUGUCCAAGAACUUCCUAGAUGGGCCCCACAGCGGGUUUUUGUUCAAGAAGUUUUGGAAAGGGAAGUCCGAUUAUCAUACUGGGACAAAAUAAAACAGAGCAUUGAAAAUGCACCAUUGCUAGAGGAGUUACUUCCCCCCAAGGAAGGAACUAGCUUCAAAUACAGUGUCAUUGAUGGAGAAGAAAAGACAGAGGGCCACAAAAUCUCAGCUGAGUUAUGCAGCUUGGUCAAGGGAAGGAAAACAGCGAGAGAAAUAAUGUCAUGGGUAGAGGAAACUGUCAUUCCUGUUCAUGGUUCUAAACUUGCAAUGGAGGUUGUCAUUCAGACACUUAUGGAUAUUGGUUCCAAAAGUUUUACUCAUCUAAUCACUGUCUUGGAAAGGUAUGGCCAAGUGAUUGGUAAGUUAUGCCCAGAGAGGGAUGGCCAAGUUUUGCUAUUAGAUGAAGUGGGUUCCUAUUGGAAGAACAAUACGCAGAUGACUGCUAUAGCCAUUGACAGAAUGAUGGGAUAUCGACUAGUUUCCAAUCUGUCCAUUGUAAACUGGGUUUUCUCUUCAUCUAAUAUUGAGCAGUUCCAUACAUCAGAUCGUCCAUGGGAGGUUCUGAGAAAUGCAAUCAACAAAACUUACAAUCGUAUCUGUGAUUUGAGAAAAGAGAUCUCAUCACUUGAGAGAGGUAUUUUGUUAGCAGAGGACACUGCUAGCAAAACAAAGGAAGAGUUGGAGGCUGCUGAAGCCAAGCUUGAAGUUGUUGAUGGUCAACAGGUGCCAGCUGAAAAACCGGGGAGGCUUAAGCGCCUUAAAGGAUAUGUUGAUAGGGCAACAGAGGAGGUGUCAUCGCUCAAGGAGUCUUUGGAAGCUAAGGAAGCCCUUCUUUUAAGAGCUCUUGAGGAAAAUAAGGCAUUGUUCAUGACACUGUACAAGAACUUCGUGGGUGUGCUAACUGAUCGGUUGGCUCCUGUUUCUGACGGUGGAAAGGUUCCUAAUUUACGCGAUGCUCAUGUUGAUUCCAUGGCUGUUGACACUGAAGAAUCAACUACAAUGGAUGUGGAUAGCGAAAAUGGAAAAGCCAAAGCCAGCCGAUCUAAUGGAGAAAAGGCAACCAAGCCCUAUAACAUCGGUGAACGGGAGCAGUGGUGUCUAACAACCUUAGGUUAUCUGAAGGCCAUUUCUAGGCAAUACGUAACUGAGAUAUGGCCGUAUAUUGAGAUGUUGGAUGCUGAAGUUUUUGUCGAGGGGAUACAUCCACUCAUUCAGAAAGCAGUCAAUGAUGGUUUGGGCCGGAGAGUACCCGCAUCAUGAUGUGGAUAGCUCAUCGUCUUGUAUUUAGUUCUUUGAUUGUCUUGUAAUUUUGAAUGGAAGCGCAUCUCCCAUGUAUUAGUUACUAUGCGGAAUAUUUGUGGGUUGGUAUUUAAGUUUGAUAUAAUUUCACUAGAAAAGUUAUUAGAGCAAAGCAUUUGUGUAUCAUGCUGUGUUAUACAGGUACUUUUUAACAAGUUUUAACAAAGUUGGUUUAAACAUUCUCA